ACCGUGCAUGCGGACACAGCGGAUCACGGAAAGAGCCGAAGAUGUUGGCUCGGUCAUGUGAUCAGCUGUGUCCAAUCACAGCUGAUCACUGAUCAUCAGGGCACUGAUGAUCAGUGUGCCCUGAUGAUCAUCGUGGCCCCAAAAGUGCCACCUGUCAGUGUCCAUCAGUGCCAGCAGUCAGUGCUCAUCAGUGCCAGUGCCCAUCAGUGCCACAUCAAUGCCACAUAUCAGUGCCCAUCUGAGCUGCCUUUCAAUGUCACCCAUCAGUGCCAGUCAUUGCCACCUAUCAAUGCCAAUCAGUGCCACCUAUCAGUGCCAGUCAGUGGCGCUUAUCAGUGCCAGUCAGUGCCGCCUAUCAGUGCCAGUCAG